GUCCGGGAGGGCAAGAAGGAGAAGAGCGAGAUAAAUGAGGAAGAAACUGCAGCCGCUUUGAACGGCUCUCAGCCUGUAGCCGGCGGUGGCGGGAGGCAGCGGAGCGGACGAGCCGCCGUCUGCGCGCAGGACAGCGCAGCGAGAAACAAACAACCCGUUGAUAUUUCGGAGCUGCACGGGGAACAUGGUGGAUUUUUGAGAGCCUCUCUACACAGCGUCAUUUGGACAGUUGGAUUAAAUAAUAAUAAUAAUAAUACAAGGAAAUCAAAUCAAGCCUACAGAGCGCGCAGGAGCAGGAUGAGCGUGUUUUCUGCAGGGACAGCAGAGCAGUGCGUUUGAGUGGGACAUGGCAAACGGAGGGGACCAGUUCGGCCUUGCAGAGCGUCCGGACUCGGACUGCAUGGAUUCCCCAAAAGAAACCAAACAGGAAAAUCCCAGCUACACCUUAAACUCACCGGCCUCACCGCAGACAGCGUCCAGCCAGCAGGGGAUGGAGGGAAUCAAAGUUUUCCUUCAUGACAGGGAACUCUGGACGAAGUUUGAUGAAGUGGGAACUGAAAUGAUCAUCACUAAAGCUGGAAGGAGGAUGUUCCCCAGUUACAAGGUGAAGGUCACAGGCCUCAACCCAAAAACCAAGUACAUACUCCUCAUGGACAUUGUCCCCGGGGAUGACCAUCGCUACAAAUUUGCAGACAACAAAUGGUCGAUAACGGGAAAGGCAGAGCCCGCGAUGCCGGGGAGACUCUACGUCCACCCGGACUCUCCCGCCACCGGGGCGCAUUGGAGCCGCCAGCUCGUCUCUUUUCAGAAGCUGAAACUCACCAACAACCACCUGGACCCAUUUGGACAUAUAAUACUCAACUCCAUGCACAAAUACCAGCCUCGUCUCCAUAUAGUCAAGGCGGACGAGAACAACGGCUUCGGCUCUAAAAACACAGCUUUCUGCACCCACGUCUUCUCUGAGACUGCCUUCAUCGCUGUGACGUCCUACCAGAACCACAAGAUUACGCAGCUGAAGAUCGAGAAUAAUCCUUUCGCUAAGGGCUUCAGAGGCAGCGACGACAAUGAGCUGCACCGCAUGGCCAAGCUGCAAGGCAAGGACUACCCAGUGGUCCCCCGCAGUACCGUCCGCCAGAGAGCCUGCUCCACUGGGAGUCCUUUCAGCGGGGAGGGGCGGGGUCUGAGAGGCUCCCCCGAGGCUGUCGGAUCCCCCUACAGCUGUGAGAACGGCUUGAACAGCAGCAGCAGUCCCCAGGAGCUGCUGAGCGCUCCCCCCACGCAUUACACCCUGCCUCAUCCUCCCCUGCAGCACGGCCAACAGCCGCAGGUCUACCACUGCACCAAGAGGAAAGUGGAGGAGAACUGCCCUUCAGGAAACCGCCAGCACCCGUACAAGAAACCCUUCACUGGUAGCUCACCCAGUGAGGGCGAGUCUUACUAUCACCCCUCCUCCUUCCCUCCUCCUCCACCUGGUCUGUCCAACAACACUGCCCUCGGUCUCACUGACUCCCCCUACAGCUCAGACAUGGGACAGCGUCAGGCGUGCAUGUUUGCCAGCUCAGAGCCCAGACUGGAUGAACUCAACUGUACAUCCUGGUCAUACACCUGUCCGCUCCCUUCUGCAAUGACCCCCAUGGAACCCUACCCACCUUAUACCCCUCAUCCUCCCUACAGCUCCAGCCCUCAGGGCUCUCGACUCAGCGCCAUAGCCCACCAGAGCUCUCCACCGCUGGGAGAACACAUCGCCCACGACCCCUAUCAGAGCCAGAGCUCUGGACCUCCAUCUCAGAGCUCCCAACACAUUCACAGCAGGCAGCUCAGCCCUCCUCUAAGAGAGUAUCCUCGCUACACACCCAACCUGUCUCCUCCUCUAUAUCACACACUAGAGACGCACACACACAUCAGGUGUGGAGUACCAGAAUGGAGUGCAGCUUCCUAACUGAACCAGAGGACGAACCUGAGAGACUGAUUAUUGGACAGAGAGUCUCAAACUCAGUGAGCCUUCUUUCUGCUCUUUUGAAAGAUGCUGCAGCGUAUACAGACUAAAUAUAAUAUUACCUUUGUAACAUAAUUGUGAAAAGUGUGAUCUUGUGCUGUGUGAAGAGGUUUCAUCUAUUAGCCAUGUUUCUCCCCUGUGCUGGAUGGAGCGGUGGAUUGUUGAAGACUGGACUUGGACAUCCAUGAAGUUUCAGAUGUUUGGAAAAAAAAAAAAAAAAAAAAGCAGCACAAUCAAAGUUGUAGUUUAUCAUCUUUUCAUAACUCAAAGACUGGUGUCAUCCAAAUGUUUGCACUGUGAGCCCUGUUAAGGCCAGACUGUGAACAGCACUAGGCUGUUUUCCUCUCAAUGACUCCCACUCUUUGCAUUGUCAAGGAUGUAAAUAGUGACCCAAUGUCAGACAGGCAGUAACAUUUACUGACCAAAAUAAUCUCAGCUCUCACAGCAGAGCCUGAGGGAGACAUUUUUUCUCUUUAGUGGAGCAAAACACAGCUCCAUGCUCAGUCUCAGUGAAGGAGAAAAGGCAUGAGUUGUCUGUGUGCGUGUGUCUGCGUGCGUGUGUGUGUUUGUAUGUAAAGCCUAUGUCAGCUCAGCUCAAGGAUGCUAUGAGUUAAUUUCCAAUGAGACAGGCAGUAGUAGCUGCAGGCGCUGCACCGUGGAGAUAAACAGUUUGUUUAGACCAUGCUACAGGCUGAAGGACCUGUAAACACUGUUUCCACUGCAUUCUGGGUAAAUGCACAACUCAGCGUCACGCAGCUGUCACCACUGUCCUCUCAGUCACCCCCGGCUGACCAAUCAGCUUUCUCCGCUCAAUGACAGCCAACCAAUGAGCACGCACCUCUCUUUUAUCCCCAGCUGACCAGUCAGAGCUGGAGCGUAGCGUGCUAUGUGUGUGCGUGUGUGAUGGCCCAUUUUUGUUUGUCUCUGAAUUAUUCAUGAGUCCAGUGUUGAUUCUUGACAUGCAAGGAUGUCUCAGCAAACACAAAGAAAUACAGUGCUGUAAAUGUGCUCUUUAUUAGUUAAAUCUAAAUCGGUCCCUGUCAUAUCCAUACACCAUUAUUCCAUUAAUUGCUUUGACUAGAUUGGGUCGAGUGCAUUUCCCUGCAGAUUCGGGUUUUUACUUUCAUCCUUGUAGCUAACUGUAAAGAAACAUUUGUGGCUCCUUUCAUGCACGCAAGCUGAGAUUUUGUUUUUAUUUUUGUGUCAUGAAGCAGUUUUUAUAUUUCCACCCAGGUGUUAUACAUGCAGUAACAUGUGAGAAGGUGCUCUAACAUUGCAAACCAUCCAGGAUGCAGAGAGCAGAUCCUCAUCAUUCCUUGUUAUGUAUUUGAUGUGUGUGCGUGAGUAUGUGUGUGACAGUGAGCUGUAAAGAUGAAAAUGUUUGUGUUUUAUAGACUUUUUUCCUGCCAAUAGUAUUUAUUACUCUAGAUUUGUAAAGAUGACCUUGUUGUUAACUUGUGAAACAAGACGGUAUCAUUCGGAGAUAUUUGUUUCUCUUUGAAGGUUUGUGUCUGGUUUCACCCUCCAUCUCCAAACGGUGAUAAAUAGUUGUGAUAAGCAAAAAUUUUUUCUGUUCUAUGGAAAUAAAGACAGAUUUAUAUGAAGAAAUGGAAUAAAUUUUAGAGAACUUUGCGUAA